AAACUCUAAAACUCUGAACUCCCCCUCCGUCCUUUAUAAACCCACAUCUCCCCUCUCACUCUUACUCAGCACAACACAUCUUCCUUAAACAUUACUCUCUUGCAAACUUGAGUUUGAUAAUCUUUUUAUUGAUCAAACAAAAGCCAAAAGGACUGGAAUUGAGAUGGCACUAGAAGCUCUAAACUCUCCAACAACAGCAACUCCAACUUUCCAGUUUGAAGAUUCGAGCAGUCUUCACUGCCUUGCAGAGCCAUGGACUAAACGCAAGCGUUCCAAGCGUUCACAUCACCACCAACCUACUGAAGAAGAAUAUCUCGCUCUUUGCCUUGUCAUGCUUGCUCGCGGAACCACCUCACUCGCCGCCCUCUCUACUUCCACCGCCUCACACCGCCACCGCUCUCCUACUCCAUCCCCACCGCAGCUUCCGUCAUCUUCGGAUGAUCAGAAACAUAGGUACAAGUGCACCGUCUGCAACAAGGCUUUUUCUUCCUACCAAGCUUUAGGUGGACACAAAGCAAGUCACAGGAAACUCGCCGGAGGUAGCGGCGGCGAAGAUCAAUCAACUUCAACUACUACUUCUACCAGCACAACGACCGCCUCCGCCACCGUAAGUGGAAGGACUCAUGAAUGUUCUAUCUGCCAUAAGACCUUUCCAUCAGGACAAGCUUUAGGCGGACAUAAACGCUGCCACUACGAAGGCAACGUCGGCGCUGCAACAGCUACAGAGAAGGCCAGUGUAGUUACUUCAACUAUUUCUGAAGGCGUCGGUUCUACAAACACGCAGAGUCAACGUGGCUUUGACCUUAAUAUCCCUGCCUUGCCGGAGUUCGCAGCUGAUUUCCUUAUUUCCGGUGACGAUGAGGUUAUGAGCCCUCUACCGGUGAAAAAGCCGCGUCUUGUUUUGGCGGCUCCAAAAAUAGAAGUUUCUCAGUAGAAGAUUUAGGAAUUAGGACUUUCUUUCAGGGAUAUUUCAGGAAUAUGAAAUUUAGGCAAAGAUUAGUUCAACGUUUUUUUUUUUUUUUUGUUAUUAUUAUUUUCUAAUUUCUGUUAUUAUUAUUCUUUGAGCGAUAAAUUUUUUUAGUGUACAUAGCAGUUGAACUCUCUGCUUCAGUUGCUUCGUUGUCAAACUUGAUAUUCAAUUCAAUAGAUGAUAUUUUUUUUC